AUGGAGAAACCCUUUAAAUGCAAAGAAUGUUGGAAAAGCUUCAGUCAGAGAAGAUACCUUACCAUACAUCAACGAAUUCACACAGGAGAGAAACCCUACAUGUGUAAGGAAUGUGGGGGCUGCUUCAGUCAAAAUGCAAGCCUUAGAAGACAUAAACGAAUUCACACAGGGGAGAAACCCUAUAAAUGUGAACAAUGUGGAAAGUGUUUCAGUCAAAGAUCAACCCUUAAGGACCAUCGCAGGUGCCAUUCAGGGGAGAAACCCUAUAAAUGUGAAGAAUGUGGGAAGAGUUUCAGUCAUAGAUCAACCCUUAAGCAACAUCGCAUGUGCCAUACAGGGGAGAAACCCUAUAAAUGUGAAGUGUGUGGAAAAGGCUUCCAGAAAAAAUCACACCUUAAGCAACAUCGCAUCUGCCAUACAGGGGAGAAACCCUAUAAAUGUGAAGAGUGUGGAAAAGACUUCAAUCGGAGCUCAUCCCUUAACAGACAUCAAAAAACUCACUCAGGGAAGAAACCCUUUCAAUGCAAAGACUGUGGAAAGGGCGUCAGUCAAAGCAACAACCUUAAUGUGCACAAAAUAAUCCAUACUGGGGAGAAACCUUUUCAAUGCUCUUCAUGCACAAAAGCAUUCCGUCAUCAGAGCAUUCAUAAACAGGAGACUCUCUAG